CUGAGAACGAACUGGUGAGAAACAUCAAGAAAGUCGUUCUUAAGCAAGGUUUUAACUAAAUUAAGUUGAAAAGCCACGGAAGCAGAAGGGUUAUGCGAGCGACUGCAACCAAGCUUGUAAAGUCAAUCUCCCAGUAUUUUGAGAAAAGUUUACGCUUCAACCCUUUUCCGUCGCGCCAAAUCAACCCCAAAACUGCAUCACGGCCAUUCACUAUCAUCAUCCCCUCAACACCAGAAAAAAAAUAAUUGAAACAUAAUCUAUCCAUCCCAAAUAACCAUCCCCUCUAAAGCAAACUCCUCCCAGCAGUUACAGAUCUGAAUCUCCAAAAUGGGCAGGCAAUUCUCUUGUACUCUUAUUGGUCCGACCAUGUAUUGUAUUCAUGGUUAAUUACACAUACUCGAUGGGUAUCUUAAUCCCUAAAAUGGUGGGGAAUCCCUGCUUAUAUGAAGUGCUGAACCUUGUGGAUGCACGUGAAAAUACAUUCGGCACUUGUAGUAAAAACACGAAAUGACGUCCUCCGGUGUUCGCAACGACGAUGAGGAUAGAUGCCCAAUGGAGCAGCAAACUCCGAGAAAAGUUAGUGAUUUCAGUAUAGAUCACAUCUUGCAUAAAGCAGGAACGAGUUCACAGGAGUACGGAACGUUCGAUUGCGGAAAACCGACGGUAUUACAACCGUUUCCAUGGUUACAGUGCACCAGGUAUUGCCCACCAAAAGUUCCAAGAAAACGCGAAGGUGGUCCUCAAAAGAGGCAACUGGGACGACAUCCUCGGAUACCGUUCACCACUCACCAAUUGUCUUUACUGGAAGAGCGUUUCCGCCAAAGUCCUUAUUUGAGCAGCGAAGAAGUUACCAGAUUAUCGACGAUCCUCAAAUUAGCUGAUAUUAGGGUGAAAAUUUGGUUUCAAAAUAGACGAGCUCGCGAACGAAGGGAGAGGCAGCAAAUGGACAAUCGAAAGCCAAACGAAGCCACCAAAGUUAAGCAAGAAAACAAUUACAAUUUUGAUUACUACAACAGUCCAUCAAAGUAAGGAAAACCGAUAAGAAAACGAUUGUGAUAUUGUAAAUAGUAUAUAUAAUUA